CCCAAAAUGGCCGCUGGCGCGUCCCACCCUACUUAAGCUAGAGCGCCGCCGCGGCCGCUCUCGCCCAGCCUCGAUGGCCGGCGCUGCAGGCGGCGGUGCCCGGGCCCGCUCCCAGCCCGCCCGUGGGGCUGCGCAGUGAGGUUUCAUGAGUCAGACUGGCCUGUUGGGAGUUUCUUCUGAAGAUGUACAUGUUGGUUGAAAAACGCACAAGUUCCCACCUUCAUCUGAAGAGGUCACCUGGCAUUCGAUCUUGGUCUCUCUUUGUUGGAAUAGCCUCCAUAGGUUUGGCUGCUGCUUAUUAUAGUGCAGAUGGUUUGGCAUGGAAGCUCUUCUAUAUGGCUGGGUGCUUCUUUGUGGCAGCACAGAAUCUGGAGCAGUGGGAGGAAGCUGUAUUUGAUAAGAACAAGGGAACAGUUUGCCUAAAAACAUUCAAUCUUUACAAAAAAUUACUGACCUUCUCAAAAGGAGGCAAUGAACAAGUCGUGGCUCUGCUGCCUGAGAUCCGAGCGGUGCAGGUGGAGGAGGAGGUGGUGCGGUACUUCGGGAAGGGUUACCUGGUGCUGCUGAGGUUUGGCACUGGGUUUGCACACCCCCUGACUCAGAGUGCAGUGCUGGGCUGUCGAAGUGAUGUGGAAGCAGUUGCCAAACUCAUUACUAGUUUUCUGGGACUGGACAGAAUAGAGAGCCAACAAGAUCUCUCUCAGAGCAGCGAAACAGAGGCUAGUGAUGCUGAUGAACCACAGGAUAAAUACUAACAGACAUCAUGAGGUGAAGAAAGCAGAAGCUUUCAAACAUCUGGAAAUUACAGAUUAUUCUUCAGGAAAAGAAUUCCCUCAUAAUCUUGACCUGGGCAUUUCUCUACAUGUGCAUUUACUAUAGAAGGAAUCUGUCUUAGGGCACAUUGGUGCUCAACUGCUUCAGAAUCCAUGCUCACAGUAUUGCCAGGAUAGAGUCCAAAGCAAAUCCUGUUUCAUUUGCUCUUUUGCUUUUGAGUUUUGUAAGCUUAUCAAACUUGUCUAGGAAUGGUUAUUUAUGAAUGAAUUUGUUUGAAAUAAUUUACAUGCUUUCCCACUAAUGAAGUGGAGAUACAGAUAUAAACUUCCAUGUAUUGCAAGCACCUGCUGCAGAUACAGGAUAUGAAGUGUAGAAGAGCUGAAUUUCUUACAGCACAAUGCUUUGAGGUUUUUCUUGAAAUAUUUUAAGUGAUUGACUAUAUUGCUCAACAGGUUUUAAGCAGCUUAAUACAUGCAGUUAGGUGAUGCAGGAUUGUGGCUCUUUUAUAUUCUCUACUACUGACUUGCCACUAGAUUUCAGUGGAAAAUUAAGUUGGAGUGACUGCCUUGGAAUUGGAAACAUCAGGCUGAUCAAUUUGUUAUAUUGUCCUAAUCCUCUAGGACUUUCCAAGGAGCCACAAACAGUAAACAAAAAAUGACCAUGUUGAUGAUUCCCUGUCUUUGAGAUGUUGUAACUUAAUCUAGUUCUGCUGAACUUCUGGGUAUAGACUAUCCCAAGAUAGAAUAACCUUUUACUAGACCUGAAUAUUUACUAUUUUAACUAUAUAUUUAGAAAGGAAGAAAAGCACAUCUGUUACUUUAGGGAAAAUACUGAUCUCAAAGAAUGUAGCAGCCUAGAUUAGCUUAGUGUUUCCUCACUUGAAAUUAUACCUAAGUGCAAGUAAUAACUUUUUUUUAACAUAGCUGGGAUAGAUCCAAUGUUUGACUUGCACCCUUGCUUUGCUCUGGGUGUGAGUAGUGUCCUCUGUUCUGACCAAUAGUGUCUUAAAUGGUUAAAAGAUGAAUUUUCCAAAAUUUUUUUUAAGUAAAAGCUACCUCAGUUAGUCAACAUGUUCUGUCUAGAACUAAAACUUCAUGCCUCUUAUCAGCUUUUCAGUGGAAGGAAAGAGUUGUAAAGAGCUGGAAGUUCCUUCAACCUGCUAAAACUGCUUGUAUUAACAAGCUUUUAUCCAGGAACUGUAUGGUGUUCAGUCCUGAACUAGAAAAUAUUUCCAGAGUUACUGCUAGGUCUGAAUGAGGUAGGAGAUGACUGUGUGGUCUGCUUUCACCUUUGACCAGCAGCAAAUGUCUUCAGGACUUGGAAUAACCUGCAUUCUUGUUUCAAAGCACUCUACAGAAGAGAGAGCUCUGAGAAGAUUUCAGCAGAAGCUGUGUCUGGUUGUGUGUUCCACCUGUAUUUGGAACUAAACACAUACUUAUCUGACUAAGAUUUCACUUGAAGCCAUUUAGACCUAGUGUGUGAGCUGGGAGACCAAGUGCUCUUACUGUCAGUUUGAAAGGGUGAUCAGACUGUAACAGGGAGGUGGCUGUUGGUGCAGCUUGACUGCAGCACAGAAGUGGGUCUGUUUCUGUUCAGUAAGUAAUCAGGUCAGGUAUCAAAGCAGACCUAUAGACAUUCUUGUGAAGUCCUCUGAGCUACUGGGCAAAUCCUGUGGCUUUCAAACUCCACACCACUGGAACUGGGAAGCUGCAAGGUUGGGUUGUAUGAAAUUGUACAAAAAGUAGGUUUCAGGGAAUUAGCUACAUCUGGCCUUUAUUCUGAAGCACAGCUAUAAGCUAGGAAUAAUUAUCUAACCUGUUUAAAAAAGAUUGCAGGAUGUAACACUUUGGGGAGAUCUUCAUUUAAAUCCACUCUAAUAUAUACCCUAGAAACACUCAUUUUGGAAAGAGGGGAAUGAGACUGGGAAUUUGGAGAAUUGUUUUUUUUUUUUCUCACUAUGUAAAAUUAGAAUGUCAAGUGUUCUAAGGACUUCCAGGAGGACAUACUGCUAAAAAAGAGUAUUUAAUGUUAUAAUAUAAGCAAAAGGUGCUGACUCAGGGCAGUUUCUGCUCUUCCCUCUUUCCACUUGUCCUCUCUCUGAUAAUUUUUUCCUUGCCACUUUUCACCAUUUUGCUGCAGGCUUUUUGGGAUGGUUUUCUCAGUUCUCUUGGGCCUGGCAUAGCAAAGGGCCCAGUAAAUGUAGCCUGACACGUGCCUCAUGUAAAGUGGCUUGUGCUAAAAGGAAUGAUGUGAAAGAAUAGUUUUGGUUAGGGAAUUAGAUUCUGGUAGAAGAGUAUUACAGGAGUUGUAUUUGUUAAUGUUUUUGCAUCCUGGGCUGUCUAGCAACUUGAGACUAGACAGCUGUAGUUUGACUUACAAAUUGUUUGAAACCCUGCAUCACAGACCUUAGGUUAGAUCCAAGCCCCUGCUCCAUAAAGCCAACACUUACUAUGUCCUUUAAUAGAACUGUAUCUAGAGGGCCAUUUGGCAGACAUUUCAGGUUAAACUUGAGCAGCACAUUUGAAUGACUUGCAUGUAUGUGGAUGGAUGGGAUCAGGGCCUGAGCUGUCACACUGAACAAAAGCUAAACUGCAUGUUGUACAAAGGGAGAAAGCUGCAUCAUCUAAACUAUAACUUAAUAUUCUGAUGCUUCACAGAAUGAAUGUUUCAGUGACUAGGAUCAAUUGCACAAGUCUCAAAGAAAAGCCAAAUAUUUCUACCAUAUAGCUGACAUCUGACUUGUGUGCUGUAUUUAUGAAUUUAUAGACACCAAAACCUAAGCUGGCUUACACAACAAGGAGUGCUAGUUCUGACACUGUAGUAGAUCACUGAGAGGCAAAAAUACUUCUGGCAAAUGGUUAGAAAUUGGUUUUCUACUUUAAAAUUGCAAGUGGAAUUCCCAGUGAGGCCUUGAACCUUGUCUUUUUUUAAAAAAAUACCCAUUGAUAAAAUAAACUUUGAUAACUUG